AUGCUGGGAAGCGUGGGAGGCCGGCACGUGUCUACGCGUCGGCGUGGCAGUAGCCCGCUGGUGCGUGUCGGUGCGGGCCUCACUCCACAUGGGACCCCUGGGGAAAAUUCACUCAUGCCAUCCGAUGCACCGAGAUACACAAGACGCCGGAGGGCUGUCACAACAAGUGAUCACAAGAGCUGUGCCCUCAUACAGACGCGUCUCAAGCUCGGUGAUAUCAUGUUGGCAGCAGCGCAAGAGGCGGCACAAAGGGAUCCUGGAUACGCGAGUCAGUACAGGAGAAGGCAGAGGUCGGCCGGACUGAGUGGUCUCGGUGACUGGGCUAGCUUUGGAGGGGAGGGACCUGGUCUGGUGGUAAUGGCGCCAGGCCGGGAUCAGGGGGGAGGGGCGGCCGGCGGGGGCGCUAAGGGGCCCACGUCGCUGUUUAUCCUAUCCGAGGAAAACUGCAUAAGGAAACACACGCGUUUUAUAAUCGAAUGGCCGCCCUUUGAGUACGCCGUCCUUCUGACCAUCAUAGCCAAUUGCGUUGUACUCGCCCUCGAGGAGCAUCUGCCCAAAUCUGACAAGACCGUACUAGCCCAGAAACUCGAAUCAACGGAGAUUUAUUUCCUUGGAAUUUUCUGCGUGGAGGCGAGCCUCAAGAUCCUGGCUCUUGGAUUUGUUCUACACCGUGGCUCGUACCUUCGUAACAUCUGGAACAUCAUGGAUUUUUUCGUCGUGGUGACCGGGUUCAUCACGGUGUUCUCACAAGGCAUUAGCCUGGACAUGGAUCUGCGCACGUUGCGUGCUAUACGCGUGUUGCGACCGCUCAAACUUGUCUCCGGCAUACCGAGUCUGCAGGUGGUGCUCAAGUCUAUCAUCAAGGCGAUGGCACCUUUGCUACAGAUUGGAUUGUUGGUGCUGUUUGCUAUCGUGAUAUUCGCCAUUAUCGGUCUCGAGUUUUAUUCGGGAACGCUGCAUAAAACGUGCUACAGUAUAGAAGAUAUCACUCAACCAGUUAAAGAGGGCGAUGUGCCAAGUCCGUGCAACACAGACAACAAAUAUGAGGCACCGAUGGGUUCCCACGUAUGCAAUCCUAACAAAUCGGUAUGCCUGGAUCAGUGGGAGGGACCAAACAGCGGAAUCACCAGCUUUGACAACAUCGGCUUCGCCAUGCUCACCGUCUUCCAGUGUAUCACAAUGGAGGGCUGGACUGCCAUAUUGUACUGGACGAACGACGCUCUUGGCAGCUACUUCAACUGGGUAUACUUUAUACCAUUGAUCGUCCUUGGGUCCUUCUUUAUGCUGAAUCUAGUUCUCGGUGUUCUCAGCGGAGAGUUUGCAAAGGAGAGAGAGAAAGUGGAGAAACGACAGGACUUCCUGAAGAAGCGUAGACAUGCACAACUCGAAAGAGAACUCUAUGGUUACGUCGAGUGGAUAUGCAAAGCAGAGGAAGUCAUACUGGCGGAGGAGAGGACGUCAGAGGAGGACAAAAAGCACAUAAUAGAAUCGAGGAAAAGAGCCGAGAAAGCGAAGAAAAAAAAAUUGAAAAAUCUCGGAAAGAGCAAAAGCACUGACACUGAGGAGGAGGAUGAGGACGAUCCGGACGAUGGGUUCUCGAGAUCUUCGUACCUCAGAUCAGUGAAGGACGACGGCGCCUGUAAAAAUUUCUGGAAAAUUGAGAAACAAACUAGGAUUUGGAUACGAAAAAAAAUUAAAAGCCAAUCGUUCUACUGGUUCGUCAUCGUCCUUGUGUUCCUCAAUACAGUCUGCGUUGCCGUUGAACACUACAAUCAACCACAGUGGCUUAGUGAUUUUCUCUUUUACACCGAGUUUGUAUUUCUGGGGCUCUUCAUGUGCGAAAUGUUCGUUAAAAUGUAUGCCCUCGGGCCACGCAAAUACUUCAGUUCAAGUUUCAACAGAUUCGAUUGCGUCGUUAUCCUGGGCUCGAUAUUCGAGGUGAUAUGGUCGGCUGUUAAAUCCGGCUCAUUCGGUCUAUCCGUCCUGCGUGCCCUGCGUUUACUGAGAAUAUUCAAAGUAACCAAGUACUGGGCGAGCCUGAGGAAUCUCGUAAUAUCACUGUUAAACUCAAUGCGCAGCAUCAUUUCACUUUUGUUCCUUCUCUUCCUCUUCAUACUCAUAUUCGCUCUACUUGGUAUGCAACUCUUCGGUGGACAAUUCAACUUUCCAUCGGGCACACCACCAACCAACUUCAAUACCUUUCCCAUUGCGCUGUUAACUGUCUUCCAAAUCCUAACGGGUGAGGACUGGAACGAGGUGAUGUACCAAGGAAUCGAGUCACAGGGUGGACACAAGGGCGGUGGCAUGAUAUAUUCAUCAUACUUCAUCGUUCUCGUACUGUUUGGUAACUACACACUGCUAAACGUCUUCUUGGCUAUCGCUGUUGAUAAUUUAGCGAAUGCCCAAGAGCUGACAGCAGCUGAGGAGAAUGAAGAGGCGGAGGGUAAGGAGAAACAACAACUAGAAAUCGACAAAGAAUUAGAGUCGUUACGCAUGCCAGGUGCGGCUUCAGCACCAAAAGUUGAGAUAUCACCGCCAAGUCCUUCAGCAAAUUUGUGAGUUAUAUUUGUGGCAGGUAAAACUGGAAAACAGGCGUCCGAAGAGAAGAAACAGGAGGAUGACGAUGACACGGGACCAAAACCAAUGCUGCCAUACUCCUCCAUGUUUAUAUUAUCUCCGACAAACCCUGUAAGAAGAGGGGCCCAUUGGGUGGUUAACCUGAGAUAUUUCGAUUUUUUCAUAAUGGUUGUAAUAUCUCUAUCGAGUAUAGCCCUUGCAACUGAAGAUCCAGUAGACGAGCACUCCAAAAGAAAUACAGUAUUGAAUUAUUUCGAUUACGCGUUCACUGGUGUAUUUGCGAUAGAGAUGAUUCUCAAGGUCAUUGAUCUUGGAAUCAUGCUCCAUCCCGGCUCGUACUUGCGCGAGUUCUGGAAUAUAAUGGAUGCCGUUGUCGUCAUAUGUGCUGUUGUAUCAAUGGGCUUUGAAGUGGGUGGUGGAUCUGCUGGACAUUUAUCAACAAUUAAAUCACUUCGCGUACUGCGUGUACUUAGACCAUUGAAAACUAUAAAACGUGUGCCUAAAUUAAAGGCAGUGUUUGAUUGUGUCGUUAACAGUUUAAAGAAUGUCAUCAAUAUUCUCAUCGUGUAUAUAUUGUUUCAAUUUAUCUUCGCUGUCAUAGCGGUACAAUUGUUCAAUGGUAAAUUUUUCUAUUGCAACGAUGCGAGCAAAAGAACUCAAGCGGAUUGCCAUGGUGAGUAUUUCAUCUUUGAGGAGGACCAAAUACUGCCAACACCCAUGAAACGUAAAUGGCAGCCACAGAGCUUUCAUUAUGAUAACGUUAUGGCUGCCAUGCUGACGUUAUUCGCUGUACAAACUGGUGAGGGUUGGCCACAAAUUUUACAACACUCGAUGGCAGCAACUCACGAGAAUGAGGGUCCCAUUCACAAUUUUCGAAUAGAAAUGUCCUUAUUUUACAUCGUAUACUUCAUCGUCUUUCCAUUCUUCUUUGUAAACAUAUUCGUCGCCUUGAUCAUCAUCACAUUUCAAGAGCAAGGCGAGGCGGAACUGCAGGACGGUGAAAUUGAAAAGAACCAGAAAUCCUGUAUAGACUUUACGAUAGGUGCUAGACCUCUGGAGAGGUACAUGCCGAACAAAAGAAAUAGCUUAAAGUACAAAAUAUGGAGGAUAGUAGUGUCAACGCCGUUCGAGUACUUUAUCAUGAUUCUCAUCGUUUUAAAUACACUUUUACUCAUGAUGAAGUACCACCGGCAGAGCGAGCUGUACAAAUCCAUAUUGAAGAACAUGAACAUAGGCUUCACCGGGAUGUUCACCAUCGAAUGCAUACUGAAGAUCGCCGCUUUCGGCGUCAAGAAUUUCUUCAAAGACCCGUGGAACACAUUCGACUUCAUCACGGUCAUCGGUAGCAUCGUGGACGCACUUGUAGUCGAAUUCGGGGUACGUAAAACAUGAAGGAUAAGCAUGAAUUUUCUAGAUUCAACAGCGAAGUGAAGCGAGAACUUCAUCAACGUCGGGUGUUUGAGGCUAUUUCGCGCUGCCAGACUGAUCAAAUUACUCAGACAAGGGUAUACUAUACGAAUUCUAUUAUGGACAUUCGUGCAAUCAUUUAAGGCGCUACCCUACGUCUGUCUCCUCAUCGCCAUCCUUUUCUUCAUCUACGCAAUAAUCGGCAUGCAGGUUUUUGGGAACAUCGCACUGGACCCAGAAACAUCAAUCUACGAGCACAACAAUUUCCAGAGUUUCAUACAAGGUCUGAUGUUGCUGUUUCGGUGCGCAACGGGCGAAGCAUGGCCGAGCAUAAUGCUGUCUUGUAUAAAAGGUCGUACCUGUGAUCCUAAAGCGAAACAAGAUGCCGAUGGAUGCGGCUCAAAUCUAGCAUACGCCUACUUCGUCUCGUUUAUAUUUUUCUGCUCAUUUCUCAUGCUUAAUCUGUUCGUUGCUGUCAUCAUGGACAAUUUUGACUACCUCACACGUGACUCAUCGAUACUUGGGGCUCAUCAUCUCGAUGAGUUUGUUAGGAUAUGGGCGGAGUAUGAUCCCAAUGCCACUGGGAAGAUACAUUUUACGGAGAUGUAUGAUAUGCUGAAGAAUAUGGAUCCACCACUUGGAUUUGGUAACAAGUGCCCCAACAGACUUGCUUAUAAGAAACUCAUUAGGAUGAAUAUGCCGGUCGAUGAGGAUGGCAAGGUCGCUUUUACAACGACAUUCUUUGCGUUGAUCAGAGAAAAUCUCAAUAUUAAAAUGCGACCGGCGGAUGAAAUGGAUCGAGCUGACGAAGAACUGCGGGACACAGUGAGGGCCAUCUGGCCUCUCCAAGCGAAAAAGAUGUUGGACCUUUUGAUACCUAGGAAAGAAGAAUUGAACAAAGGAAAGUUAACGGUCGGUAAGAUAUACGCUGGCUUCCUGAUCCUCGAGAACUGGAGGACAACGAAAUUCGGUCAGAUUGAAUCGACUGAUCCUCAGACUAACGAUAACGAUAGUGCCGGGCAAAGUCCAACAGCCCAGGCGCGUUCUUCUUUCUUCAACUGCCUGAUGGACAUGGCCGGGGUUAAUCACACGGGUAAUCAUCAUGGAAGCCGAUUAAACAGUCUUGAGCCACCGGGUGUCGAUGGAAAGACUGAGGCUACGAAGGAGGGCAAAGAGGAAGAGGGAGCCCUUGGGGUUCUUGCUGCUGCCGAGAAAAGGCGUCAGCGUAGCAUCAGAAACAAAAAGGUGAACUGGAAGAUGUCCCACCAGUACGAUAAACUAGGGAGCAGCGGAGAGAGUAGCCAGGGAGGGGGUGGGUCUGGGGUUGUAGUUAACGGCGAUGAACGUGGCCCCGAGUUAGAGCCAUUGCUGGCAGAGUCCUCCCAGGACCACUACCAUCAUCAUCAAUACUACGAUACCGACAAUGAUCAAUACUACCAUCACCACCAUCAUCAUCACCGACCACCCUCGUACUAUCAACACCAGAACACCUACGCACCUCGCUCCUCAAUCCGUUACCUCAAGAUGGACCUUCAGGAUAUCGUACCUAGUGAUUCAAGGGCAGGGAGUCUGGAGAGCCUGACGCAAGGGGACAGGCUUCAUCCGCAACAUGUGCAGCAUCCGCCGAGGCAUCAUUCACGCUCACCAAGUUUAAGAAGGCACUCACCAAUACACAGAUCGCCAUCACCAUCUCGACGAGCGAGAUUCGACCACCACCAUCAUCCCUACCACGAAGGACCUGGUUUCAGCGAUGCAGUCAGUAAUGUCGUGGAAAUUCAAAGGCACACACACACACCCCAUCACUCACAGUACAAUCAUCGUCAUCGAAUAAGAGACUAUUACGACCACUGCGACUAUUACGACGAUGGUCCCUGGAGUGCCUCAACGAGUCCAGCCCGUUCGCCAAGUCCAGUCCACCGUAUGGACCACCGUGGCCACCACUACGGUACAACCUCCCUCGAGCAGCGAUCGCGUAGUCCAAGUCCAAUAGGUGGACGUCAAUCGACCCACCACCGUCACCCCCAUCACCACCACCAUCACCCCCACCAGCACAGUUACCCAGUGCUGGUGACACGUCGUGGUCAGGGAAGAAGACUACCCCCAACGCCAAAUAAGCCAUCGACACUCCAGUUAAAGCCAGCAAACAUAAAUUUUCCGAAAUUAAAUGCCUCCCCGACUCAUGGCCCCCACAUGGCCCAGCAUGUACCACCAACAGCUGUACUACCCCCAACACACGGUCCAUCAACAGCAUCUGGUGUACACGUGCCAAGUAUGUCAUCAACUGUUCACUGUCCAUUGAGCUUCGAGCAGGCUGUGGCAAUGGGUCGUGGUGGACGUUUACUACCGAGUCCAGUGCCCAACGGUUACAAGCCCCAACCAAGUGGUGGACAGAAACAAAGAACACCGAGAUCCAGGCAUUCAGACAGCGACGAGGACGACUGGUGCUAGCCAAUGUGGGACCCUGGACGGUGGUCCAGUGAUGUGGACACUAAUUCUAGGGGCCUCAAGGCCUGUGCGUGACACCACAGGGACCGUGUUUCAUUAAUUUUUCCAUCAUUUACUUCACUCUCAUUCAUCAUUUAUCGUUUAACAUUUUUUUUAUCAAAGUGAGAAAAAAGAAAACUAUUUAUACCAUAUCCUUACGCACGCUUGUCUCAUUGGCGUUUAAAGGCGACCGGAUGGGGUCACGUGAAUAUAUAUUUUUGUUCUUUCCUCCUCUUCUCUCUCUAUUUAACGGGUUUCUACGUUUUAUUGUGUCACUCGUUUUAAUAAUCAAUGACAUUUCGCAUGAAUCGGGAUUAUAUCCUUUACGUGGACAUUCCCAUUGUGUAUAUACGUGAUACAUAAUGUGUAUAUAUGCGUAUACGUAUUUGUGAUGGUGUAGAGAGCCAAUUUGAUGAUUAAGGUGUUUCAGGAUUUUUUUUACAGUGGGGAGAGGAGAAAGUCGAGGUGUGUUGACGUUGUUGUUGAUCGUUUUUAGAGUUUUUAUGGUGUCCAGUUGGUCCAACCGUUUUGCCCCCCCCCCCUCCAUGGUUACAUUUCACCUCCUCGUUCAGCCACAACCUUACUCCCGCCCCUCACCCUCCCCGGGUCGUGAAAUAUAUACGGGGUACUUUUUAUACAAUUAAUAAAUUCACACGUCGAGAGAUCCUAGAGUGGCUGCAGCGGAUUGGACCGUGAUAUUUUGAUUAGUUGAGUGUUUUAAGUUGACAUUGGUUCAGGUGAGGGUAUCCAAGUGCUUCGGGUGGUCUUUCUACGGUGAGAUGAGGUUAUUUGAGCCACAUUUGACCGUAAGUUUACGGACAUUUUACUGGUAUUUAUUUUAUUAUUUAAACUUUACAGGUCUUAAUUUGAAUGUCGAUACUGAAUAGUUUGGAAACAUUUGAGAAAUGAGAAGGGAAAUUACCAAGUUUAGUUUUGGAGGGAGAUUCAUGGAAUUAUCUAAAAAUGGCAGUUUUUGAAAAUUGAGAACGGUUUCUGUAAAUGAUUUAUAAAUAAUCAAUUGUCCACUGCAAAAAUCAUUUUUCCGGCGUCGUAACAAAUCUAUUCAUGCCCGAGAAAAUGAGGUUUCAGAAAAUUUAAACAAUUCAACUUAUUUAUUCAGAAGCAACGAAUAUUAAGAGAAUAAUUUGACACAUUUGAUGAUUGAAAAUGGUUGAGUUUAUAGUGUGGUCUGUACCAAAUUAUGGAAGAUACUUGAAUAUCCUUG